AUGGAAGAGGGAAAUCACUCGGAAGCGACUGAAUUCAUUCUCUCAGGACUGACAGACCAUCCGGAGAUGCAGGCCCCCCUGUUUGUGUUGUUCCUACUGAUCUAUGUUAUUACCCUGGUAGGGAAUGGGAGGAUGAUCUUGUUAAUCACAAUUGACUCCCGACUCCACACCCCCAUGUACUUUUUCCUCCGGAUUUUGUCUUUCUCUGAUCUCUGCUAUUCCUCAGUGAUUGUUCCUCAGAUUCUGCAGAUUUUCUUAGCGGAGAGGAAAAGCAUUUCUCGCACUGCCUGCGCUGUGCAAAUGUAUUUCUUUCUUCAUUGCGUAGACAUUGAGUGUCUCUUGCUGGCUGUGAUGGCGUACGACCGUUAUGUGGCCAUCUGUAACCCACUGCUCUAUCCGGUCAUAAUAUCCAGACAGCGCUGUAACCAGCUGGUGGCUGGGGUGUUUGCUGUGGGAUUGGUAGAUUCACUGAUACUGACGUGUUAUAUAUUCCAGCUGUCAUUCUGCAGAUCCAACAUCCUCAAUCUUUUCUACUGCGACUCCCCCCCACUGCUGGUUCUCUCCUGCUCUGACACCCGCCCCAGUGAGAUUCUGAUAUUUGCGUCCAUAUGCUACAUCUUAGUGAGCAGCGCUCUGACCAUCCUCCUGUCCUAUGUCUGUAUCUUCUCCACCAUCCUGCGGAUCCGCUCUGCCGAGGGCCAGUACAAAGCCUUCUCCACCUGCGCUUCCCACUUGUGUGCCGUGGGCAUGUUUCAUGGCACCCAACUCUACAUUUAUUUCCGACCCACCUUCUAUUCCAUGGACAUGGAUAAAAUAGCCUCCGUGUUUUACACGGCAGUGAUCCCUAUGUUGAACCCCCUCAUCUACAGCCUGAGGAACAGGGAGGUUAAGGACGCACUGAGAAAAGCAAAGAAUAAACUGCUAACAAAGUCUUGA